CUUCUCUUCUCCAAAUCCCUUCUCUGCGCCUUCAGCCUUGUUCCAAUGCAUAUCUUGGUUGUCAACGACGACGGGCCGCCGUCAAAUCAAUCCUCGCCCUAUAUCCAUUCGCUUGUCGUUUCGCUACAAUCGGCUGGACAUACUGUCUCAGUGGUACUGCCGCAUCAGCAGCGAUCAUGGAUCGGUAAAGCCCACUUGAUUGGGGCUGCCGUGAAGCCCACCUACUUCCGGCCAGGAACUCUGCACAAGGACGAUGGCACCACUCACGAACUACCCCACGGUAUGAACGAAGGAGACGACGAGAGCUAUGACGGAGACGAGUGGAUUCUUGUCGACUCGACACCGGCAAGCUGCGUACAAAUUGGCCUAUAUCACUACUUCGAAGACCGCGGUCCGAUUGACCUCGUCGUCUCUGGACCGAACUACGGCCGGAACUCGACGGCUCUCUUUGCCAUGUCUAGUGGAACGAUUGGUGGCGCGAUGGAAGCAGCCGUCUGCGGGAAGCGGGCGAUUGCCCUGUCAUAUGCAUUUAGCUCUCGCCAGCAUGACCCGAUCGUCAUCGCGGAGGCUUCGCGGCACUCGGUCCGUUUGAUCGAAUAUCUUUACAAUAACUGGGUGGAGGGAGUAGAUCUUUACAGCAUCAAUGUACCUCUGGAGCCUGGUGUGAGUGAGGCCAAGGUCCUCUACACGCAUAUGCUUGAUAACCGCUGGUCGUCCGGCAGCUGCUUCAAGGCUGUUAACGCUUCUGCGUCAACGGACAAUCCGAGUGCGCAUGAGCACAAGCUGCGAGAAGAGGGUGAGAGCGCUGGACAGCCUUCGUCCGCGGAAGGGAGCAAAUUACCCGUCAAACGAUCGCGGAUCCAGCACAAGCACUUCGAAUGGGCACCGAAUUUUACGGAUGUGUACAGAAGCGUUGACGAAGGUACUCCCGGUAAUGACGGUUGGGUUGUCAAGGAGGGAAUGACCAGCGUGACGCCAUUGAAGGCCAAUUUCAUGCACACUCCCGGCAUUGAAGGGGAGAUCAAGCUUUCAUGCCUUCUGCGUGUUGCUUCACUUUGCUUUUUCUGCCCUCAAAUCUAUUUUGCAAUGCUUUACACACCGGAUAAUGAUGAGCCUACAUUAUAUACUAUCGUGGACAGCGACAAUCCAUACGUCCAGAGUCUCAUGGAGCAGGCACUGCAGCGCCGCCUCGGUGCCGGCCAAACUCGCACCAUCUCCUCCCUGGCAGACCUUCCGUCUCCGUCCGCGCCGGUGUUCCAGUACCGCGAAUAUGAACGACUGGACUUUGAGCAUGCCAUGAUGCACUCAAUGUCGUCCCUUGCGAAUGCCUACAUCAUCCGAAAGGCGCUAAUCCGCAAGCACUACCUCUCCAACACCGUCACCAACUGGGUCACCAAGCACCCGGACAGUGUGCUGGCCAAGCACUUCAAGUUCGCCUGCGACUUUGAGCUCGACUACGCCGAGUUCCUCGAUGACGCCCUGCUGGAAGCCUACGAGCUCCGCGAAAGCCUCGAGCGGAACGAGACUCUCCCCGAAUCCGAGAAGGAAUGGUGGAUCCUGAAGGCGGGCAUGAGCGACCGCGGCCAGGGCAUCCGGCUCUUCAACAGCGAAGACGGGCUGCGCGAGAUCUUCGAAGAAUGGGACCCCGAUUCAGAUGACGAGGAGGAGGAAAGCGGCUCGGAGCGACCCGCUGCUGCAGACGAGGGUGAUGGAGACGACGACGAUGAUCACGGUGUUGUUACCUCGCAACUGCGCCAUUUCAUCGCCCAGCCGUACAUCGACCCUCCGCUGUUACUGCCGUCGGCGUCACAGCGCAAGUUCCACAUCCGCACCUACGUUCUCGCCGUCGGGUCGCUGAAGGUCUACGUCUUCAAGGAGAUGCUGGCGCUAUUCGCCGCGAAGCCCUACUGCCCGCCCUCCGAGGAGGACGACGAGGUCAAGGACCUCGCCCGUCACCUGACCAACACCUGCUUCCAGGAGGGUGGGAGCUCCAACGAGGGCAGCGUGCGACGCUACUGGCAGCUGGACGAAUACGUGCCGGGGCUCACGCCGGACUGGAAGGAGAAACUCUUCGAUCAGAUUUGCGCUGUGACCGGCGAGGUCUUCGAGGCCGCGGCCCGCGGCAUGAUGGUGCAUUUCCAGACUCUACCUAAUGCGUUUGAGUUAUUUGGUGUGGAUUUCUUGGUGGACAAGAGCGGCAAUGCGUGGCUUCUGGAGCUGAAUGCCUACCCGGACUUCGCGCAGACGGGCGAGGAGCUGAAGGAUCUGGUCGUGGGGCGUCUGUUCGAGGAGACGGUGGAUGUUGCUGUCAAGCCGUUCUUUGGGCUGGGAGAGGCGGCGGCGAAGGGAACCGAGUCCAUGAGGUUGGUUGCUGAUUUGGAGUUGGGUCGGAAGGCUUAGAGUAAAGGGCUCAAGAUGUGUACUUUAUUAGAGGCGUUGAGUGGCAUCGUUUGAUAUACGGUCAAGUCAAAAAGUCUGGACGGUAUGAUAAAGAAGGAAUUGGUUGGCAAGUGCAAUAUAGGUAUAGAAGAAG